CCUUCAGUUCCGUCAAGAUGUUGGCCAAACUAGCAUCUCUAAUUUUCGUGGUGGCAUUCGCCAACGCCAAUUCUUCCCUGGAAGAACCAACUCUCGACGAAGCUGUACCGUACGCAGCCCAAGCUUUCUCCAACGACUCGUGGACCUUUUCCGUGCAGUGCUUCCCGAAGCGCUUCAUCGUCUUCAACCACAUGGAAGUGUCCUUCUUCAAGGCAUGGCACCUCUGCGAAUCGUACGGAUUCGAGCUGGCCACGGUGAAGUCCCCCUCGGAGGACGUCCAGCUCAAGAUGGCCAUCGAGGAGGCUAACCCCAAGCAGGGCGGACCUUGGUGGAUCGCCGGAACGGACCUGGGGCUGGAAGGACACUUUGUGUGGCUCACCACGGGGAAACCGAUUGGGUACCAGACCGGCUACCGGAACUUUGGACCCGGGGAGCCCAACAAUCUGAACGGAACGGAGCACUGCGUGGAGGUUGGCCACCCCAAUGGAACGUUCUGGAACGACAAAAACUGUGACGUGAAGCGGCGAUUCAUCUGUGAAGCUCGUGAGCCACUGCCACUGGGGUGCUGAAGACAUUUGCGGUGCAUGGGGGUCAAUAAAUCAAAACGUUAUGCUCGGAAUCUAUACACAAA